UUGGCUGUAGUUGAUUGUGAUUUACUUCAAUGCAACGACUCGGUGAAAAAUUGCAAGAGCUAUUCAAAUUGAGAUUAUGUGCGCAAAAACAACAGGUAUUCGCCGAUGUACGACAAAUCAAAGAAAACCUGGAGUCAACGGCUCAAGAUUACGAAAACCACAGAGAACAACAACACAACAACGACAUCAAUAGUAACUACAACAACAUCAUCGGGUAGUUGUGCUGAAUACAGCCGCAAAACAACGGCAUUGUUAGGCACUCCUCCCACAGACGCCGAAGCAACAUCGACGACAUCAACAGCGCGGCAAAGGUCCACGAAAACGAAGCCAACGCAAGAUUUCGCAUAUAAUGCAAAUCAUUUUGGCCGCAGCCAAAUACAGACGUAUCAAACAGUUGCAACCACAAUGCAUUUGCCCACACUGCAGCUUAGCGAUUAUCAUAUUGGCAAUGGCGGGGGCGGGGGUGGCGUUGGUGGCACCUAUGAGUAUUCGCCAAGCGCCCUUUCACGUUCCAUGAAAUACGCCGAGCCAUGGAUCUAUGGCACAGUACGUGGCAUACCAGCGCGACCCUCCUACCACCACUUCAUGCCACAAGCCACAUCAUCGCCAGCCAACUACAUGCAACCACUGGCGGUGGUCAUCUGUUCGUGUCCCGAAUAUCUGAAUGGCACGAAGCGUGAGGUGAAAAAGGCGAGCGUUUGCAAGAAGUGCAAAGGUUCACGCCUGCCACUGACGCCCAUCGGCGGCACGAUGCGCUUACCAGCCGGUGGCAUGUUGGCCAUGUCGAAAUUGCGUAGCAGCGGUGCUGCGACUGUACGUGUGGUUAGCUCAUCGAAGAAGGCACGUCCGACCAUACUGGACCCGCAAAAGGAUCCAUAUGACUUGAUGCGACGCACGCGCCUACUGUCACCCGAACCGGGUGUAAGUAGUGGUGGUGGUAGCGGCAGCGGCGGUGGGCGCGAUGCAGGCAGCAGCAGUCGAGGCGAGAAGGAUAAGGCACGCGGACGUGGUAAAAGUGAAAGUCCUGUGCGUGGACGUAGCCGUAAGCGUGGGCAACUGCCCGGACCGAGCAAAAAACAGCAUACGGGCAGCAGAAGAGGCGCACUGACAGAAGAGCCUGACUGUUGGCUGGUGGAAGAUGCAGACACGCUGCUAAAUGCCAGCGGGGCUGUGGCAAGCGCAUUGGGUGGCGAGCCAAAUGCGACACGACGCUCCAUACUACGCUGCAAUGUAAAUCCCUAUGACCUGAUCUCACUCAACCAAGCAUCCUCGUGCCAGAGCAACAGCAGUAGCGGAGGAGUUGCUACAGCGGGCACAUCAACCUCACGCAGUAAGCUCGCUACCCCUACUUCCCAUGUGUCUGCUACCAACAACACCGCAAGCUCGCAGAAUGAAUUCAUGCCACCAAACUAUGAUUUUAAUGUGGCUGAUGCCGCGCUAACCGAGGAAGCGCCACCCUUUGCCACCAGCCUGGCGACUGGCAGGAAACGUCAGAAUGUCAGUGGCAGUAAUCAAGCCGAGCAAAUGCUAAAGACGACCACCGCGGCAAAGACGGAAAGUAAAACAACAGUGUUGCGACGUGAUACGCGCACAGCAGGCAAUGUAAAUAUCAGCGAGGAAGACACCGGCAGCUCGCAUGACGAGGAAGUACGACGCAGCAAGCGGAGCUAUGGUAAUGUGCAGGCAAUAGCCGGGCAGCGUAUUAGCUUGGGUAGCAGCAACUCCGCCACCAAAUCUUUAAUCAAACAAACCGUGGAUGGCCGUAGUUACGAGAGCAUUACGGUAGGCGCAUCGCCGCAGAGUACGGCAACAAGCGGCGUCGAUGUCAGUAAGCAGGUAAAACCAAUCGAUUCUGCAACGUCAACGCAGUCAUCGUCGCAACCAAAGCGUCCACCACGCAUACGAAAGUCUGAUUCGAGCGAAAGUGCUGAAAGCGAAGUAGAACAACAGCUGGAUAAGAGCGCUGUGGGAAAAUCGUCAGCCGUUGCAUUAGAUGGCGAACGCGUUAUGCUUUUAACGACCACACCCACGCAACGCAUCAAAUCUAUACUGAAACGUCCAGGGAACAAAGCUGCCGAGAGUGCCACGGAUACAGCUUCUGCUCAGGAUCAGCAAAAGGUUUCUGCGGUUAGCGGUGACGCUGAUAGUGCCAAGACAAAAACACCUUCGACGAACACACGUCGCACAAAUGCCACGCACACCAAUACCACAAAUUCACCCACAUCCACUGCCAAAUCGCAAUUUUACAUUCCGCUUCCGCAGGCACGAAAAAAAGUACAGUUCAGUGUUGAGGAGCGCAUAGUGCAUGCGCUCGAAAGCGAUGCGACUAGCAGUGAUGAGGCGCUUGAGACCGCGGAAACGCAGGAGUUCUUAUCCGAUGAGGAUGACAGCAAAGCUAUGACGACUGAUGCUGGCGCUCGUCAAGCACUCAAAUCCACAUCCAAUUACGAGUAUUACAAUCGAAAGCGAGAACAACAACAGCGUUUGCAACGUGCCGAAAAUGUGGCAUCCAAAACCGCAAUAGCAGACGCGAACUCGACGGGCGGCGAGGCAGCGCAUCCCAGCGGACAAUUAACACACUCGUCACUGGUUCUGCCUACACAGGAGGCCUUGCUGGCGGAAUUGCAACAGUACUCCGAUUUUGUGUCGCAGGUAAUUGCUCAAGCAGCGAACAGCAGAAGCAAUAGCAACAGUAGUAGCAACAAAAAUUCCGCGAACGAUUAUGAUGGCUAUAAUUUUGAUGAUGCAGCCAUUGAAAUGCGUGCAGCCCGCGGUAGUAGUGCAACAAACUCUGUGCAUUACGAGGAUAUAAGUCCCAUAAAUGUUAACGAAAGCAGUGCAAGCAAUAAUAAAACGAACACUUGCAGCAGCAAACAGCAGCAACAAUGUGGCAGCGACGAUGACGAUGACAAAAUUAUGUCACUUGGUACAACGAAAAUGUUGCUUACUCCACAAAAUGCCGACGGCAGGUCGACGCAUUCAUCCACAGCAAUAAAAGUUGCAACGACAGCGGCAAUGGCAGCGGAAGCGGCAACAUCAUCGACAUCAUUACUGCCAACAACAGCCACAAACGCUCAAUCACUUGGCGCUGUUGUCAGCAUCGUCAAUACGACGACCACCACCAUGAGCAAUGGCGCUCUCGCAGCCACAACGGAAGCAGCUGCGCGCGUGUCACAUGUCAAACACGCCAACAAAGUUGAUGAGUUGGAUGAUGAUGAUGGUGAUGAGGAUGAUGGCCAUUGCGAUGCCAUCAACAAGAAUAAUAACAACACGAGUAAUAAUAACGAGAAUGAAAGCAGCGACGGGGAUGUGUACGAGGAUGCGUUGGGCAGUUCGACAGCAACUUUGGAUGCGCACACAAACCAUGUCACCACGGCUGCUGAUGAUGUGCUAAAAGCGAAGCUACUCGGCGUCACAGUUGCACACAAUCUAGCGCCAACACAGGCGCGCGCCCAUUAUGCCGGGCCGCAGAGCGAUGGAGAACAGCACAACAAUAGCAAGAAAAAUGCAAACAAAGUUGAGCAGCCGCAAGCGACACAAUCGCGAAAUCCCAUCAGACGUUCGCAAAGUGAGCGCCACCCACGCACAGCAAUAGGGCUAACAAUGCGGGCCAACAACAAUAGCAAUGAUGCCAACAGCUAUGAACGCGACAACGACGACGACCAUCAACUAAGCGUAGACGGCGGUGAUGGCGGCGGCGGCGGCGAAGGCGGCGACCAACACACCACAACAAAUGGUGGUGGUGACCUGCGUUUGGCAACAGACUCUCGCGCCGGAAAUAGUGGUAACAACAGGAAACGCAACAAUAACAACAAAACCAUUGGCAAAAACAAAAGCGAGAGUUACCGCGAAGAGGCCAUUUUAAGUUUCAAAGAUACCAUGGCAUUGCGCACCAAGCUGCACCGCAACGAUAGUCGAGAUUUAUUUGCACGUCCACGCGAACCGCCGCCUCCCCCACCAACACCCACGUCGCCACACGCCAACAAUAUUGCCAGUAGCAUUGUUGGGACAACAGCUGCUACACAAACGACCUCGACCGCCACAAGCGCCAACAUGGCCGCCGCUACACUUGCCACAAAUGGUAUGCCAGCCGUUAGUGUACGACUAAUGACGACGAUGGGGGCUGCGACGUCAACACAAAACUGCCAAGCAAACAACUCGAUGCUUUCGCCUGUAGCGGCAACAAACCAGCAAGCUACGGACAAAGCAAAGAAUCCGACAGCGGCAGCAGCAGCAGUGGGAGCAGAAAAAACUGCGACGCGUAUUACCAAAGUCAGCACAAACGGAUUAGAGGAGCAACAACAAGAGGGAGCGCCAGAGCUCGAGCUCGAGCUAGCGCAAAACAAGGCAGACGAACAAGAAGCCGUUGGAAAAACUCGAACGCAUCUGGCAUUUGAAAGCCACGCUGAUAGCGCACAAUGUGGCAUGCAACAAAUGGCUAUACAAAAUAUGCACGAAACAAAAGCACAACAUCAACAACAGAAGCAGAAACAGAAACAGCAGCAACAAUAUAUCCGUAACGCCUGCGAGACCACAAUUCGCGCGAUAACAACACCACAUGGCAGCAGUUUGUUGUCUGCCUCAACCAAUGCCACCAAUAGGGCCUCCAUCAACACUAAUACCUCGCCGCAGCAACGCACUGUCGUACGCGUCGCACCGUUUAACCAAACCAAAACCACUUCGGAAGUUCAUCGUCUCAAAAUAAGUCACACCGACAACGACGAUGCAUUCACCACACAACAACACCAUUCGCAACCCCCACCCCCGCAACAGUCACCCAAGUCGCCUCACUACAAUUUCCACUACUACACGGGCACAAAUGGUUCAAUGUACGCUGACGAAGCGGCUGACCCUACCAUGUCUAGUGCACAGAAGAAAACUUCAAUUUUAAUUAACGGUGAUGACUGCUACUCAACGAUGAAUCUAAGUUGCGACGAUGCGAGCACACCACUCUAUCAAUCCUCCGUUGUGGUGGCCGACUACAGUGCAAAGAAGCUAAGUGCAGGCUCGACAAAUAGCGAUGGCAGCUUCAGUGGACUAAAAGUGACGACCACAUCAAAUACCGUCACCAUCAAUGUCAGCAGUCCGCGUAGUGCUGCCGAAGAACUCAUCUAUCAGCAUAAUAAAAUCAAUGCAAUGCUGAGCCAGCAGGCUGGGCUAAACGGAAACGAAGCAAUGGUUUCCAAUGGUGGCCGCGCUAUAAUACCAAUUAAGGGCUCCGCAGAGGUGAAUUUGCAACGCUCAGCAUCGUCAACUUCCUCCACAUCGACCAGCUCAAUGACCAGCAUUAGCAGCAGCGGCAGCGGUAGUGGUAGUGGCGCUGGAAGUAGUGGUUCAACACAGAAGCGUGGACGCACUUUGAUUCGAUUGGAUUAUGAGCAGGAAAAGUCGACAGUCUUAGAGCAACCGCAACAGGCGGACUUAAAUUCGAAUGCAACGCCUUACACGAAAGCGCCGACGGAUAUUAUAGUUACGUGCGUAGAAGAGGAAGAUGAGCUACUCUCGCACGAAGAAGAGCUGCUGAAAAUUUUGCGUAAUCCAGUUGAGGCUGUGAAAAGGAAUCUUGUGCCGCACGUUUGCGGACGCAAUGAGCCGACCACCGAGCAGGAUACCAUAAGGAAUAGGAAAAUGAAGGAUGUUAGCAAGCGAGAGCUGGUUUCGGUAGAGUCCAAGCGCAUGUCCAACAAGACCGGUUCGAGCAGUGUCACCAUGGAAGAUGCUGCUGUAGAAGCCACGGCAAGCACGAUUUUGACCCCUGCAACUCCUGCUAAAUCUUCCUUCAUCACCAAACUUCUUGAAGAUCCUAUGCUCAGCCAAGUAGCUGAGGGUUUGGAAACUGAAACCGUUAUCGAGUUAAUUGAAAACUCUUUGAAACGCCUGCAGGAAACACGCAGCGCAGUGGAUAUGACUGGCACCAAAGACAAUGACGAUAUGAAUCGUUUAAUCAAUAUCUCACUGCAGAAGAUAAAGGAAGAAAGGCAGAUAGCAACGAACGCGGUUGCGGCGACUUCUUCUACCGGUAGCAAUACCCACCUUACCGUACCCACCAAAGAUGAAGAUGGCCUGUCUAAUCGCGGCAGCAUCAGCUCAGCCAACAGCUUUGCUUCAGCCAACAACUACGAAAUGUUCGACUUCGACGCUAACGAGUCCGACUGCUACCAGAGCUGCUCCAGCGAAAUUACCACCCCGUGUGAUGAGGACAUAAACUCAGCGAGCACGCGCUCCAAGUUCUAUCAGAUGCUGGUCGACGCCACACUAGCUGAGAUAGAGAUGUCCACCAGCUUGGAGGAGGAGGAGGAUUCGGGUAGUCAUCACUACGAGUCGAUACGCAACAACGGCGAUCCCAUUUACGAGGAAAUCAACGACAUCCCACCACCUUUGCCACUCAGCGCACCGCCCAUUAACGACGCCGACAUGGAGAAGAAGGCAGCACGUUCCAUAUUCGAAGGCGCUUCCAAAUAUGAUAUACUUUCAUACCUUGUCGACGCCAAAGAGCGCGGCGUAGUGCGCGAGGAAGCUUUCGAUUACCCAGUCAACUGCUCGAAUCCCAUUAUCAUAGAGGAGGAAGCUGGUGACACGCUCAGCGAGCUGGGAAAACGUCAAGCGUUGCGCGAUUUUAGCAGUUCGCGCGCCUCAGUACUCAGUGAUUCUAGUGAGGAUGCGCAAAGCGUUAUGAGCUCACUCUCGCCGCCAACCAGCAAUUUCAUUUGCGGCAAUGGCGGACAGACCGGCCUGAUGCAACGCAACAAAGGCACUGCCAGCGACAUUGAACGCAACGACUCGGGCGUCGGCUCAGAGACUAGCAAAAGUUCGCGCAGCAAAUACCAAAAUCCACUUCCCACAGUGAAUGCACAACUUUUGCUAGACAAUCCCAUUCAUCUGUGUGAGGACUGUGAUGGUCCUGUAGAGACGCAAGUCACCGAUUCGGGCAUCAGAUUUGCGCCACUCGUGUGUCGCAAAUGUGGCAAGAAACGUGUGGAGCGCAAGGAGAUCAUAACGGAAAUUGUUGAAACGGAGGAGAAAUAUGGACGCGAUCUGCAAAUAAUUUUGGAAGAAUUCUGUCACCCAAUGCUAGUGGCCGGUCUACUCACACAGGAGCAGCUCUCUGCAAUCUUCUUGAAUACCGAAGAAUUGCUCGAGAACAAUCAAACACUGGCGGAGCGCAUGCGCGAUGCACUCGACAUUGCUCUCGAGCAAGGCGACGACGAUCUGCUGACGGUGAACAUCGGUAAGAUAUUCCUGGACUUCACGCAGAUGUUGCACGCCUUCGAGAGCUACUGUGUGCGCCAGGCGGGCGCCAGUUUGCUGCUGGCCAAUCUCGAGAAGGAGAAAGAGCUGUUGCGCAUCUUCUUGAAGGUAUCGCAAAUGGAGAAUGCCGUUUUGAGGCGCAUGAAUCUCAACUCUUUCCUAAUGGUACCCGUACAACGUGUCACCAAAUAUCCACUCCUACUCGCCCGUCUCUACAAGGUCACACCAGCUCAUCUGGAAGGACGUGACCAACUGAAACAGGCCCAAGAGAAAAUCGAAUUGCAUCUCAACCAUAUCAACCAGGAAGCAAAGGAUGUACCAACCAAACUCUGGCGUCGCAUAUCGUCAUCGAGUCCGAAUCGACGUGCUUCUUGCGAAAUCGAUAUGAUCAAUAUAAAACUACGUAAAAUGGCCAUCGACAUACUUGAAUGGAAUCACGAUGAAGUACGUUUUGCCAUGGAAGGCAAACUGUUGUACACACAACCGACGGAUAGCAAUUGGAAGAAGGCACGCACCAUCAAACUAACACCGGUCAAUGCAUUGCUCGUUACAAAUGGCAAGCCAAGCGCCAAUUAUAAGGCAGAAAAAGUUAUGUCAGAUAAACUGAAUUUCCCAAAACACACCGGCAUACGGGAGGCCUCACUGCUGGUGAUGAAGGAGAAGUGCGGACGCUAUACGCUGAUACGUGAGCCAUUGUAUUUGGACAGAUGCGUUGUGUGCAGUGAAGCGGACUGGGAUGAUUAUUUCGAGGUGCAGGAAAUCUCAUCGAAGGACACUUUCAUAUUCAAAGCCGAGGAUGGUGUUCGUACCAAGCAAUGGUACACCCAACUGCAAUAUCACGCUCAGGGUAUGGGCGCUUGGCGUAAACGACGCAAUGCUCUUGCCAAUAUUAUGAUCAAUGGAAUGCUGACACGUACCUAAAUCGAAUGAAGUAUAAUGGAAGUGAAAUAUAUUGAAACGCAAUUCAAGUUAACUGCCUUAGCACUAAAGUAUCGUAAGCUUAGAGCGAACGAAGUAAAGCGGUGAAGUUUUCAACGAAAAAAGCGAAAUAAAUAAAUAGUAAUUAAGAAACGUAAGGAAA